GGGUAUAAAUGGCGCCGCCGCGGGGCGGGGCUUCCUCUUUACUCGGCGACAAGAUGGCGAAGAAAUCCGUGGUCAUGAAGAAGAAGGCGGUGAAGAAGGGAGUUUGGAAAUUCACCGUCAACCUCUCCCACCCGGUUGAGGACGGCAUCUUAGAUUGCGGAAACUUUGAACAGUUCCUGCGGGAGAGGGUGAAGGUCGGUGCGAAGACCGGUAACCUGAGCAACGUGGUUCAGAUCGAACGUCUGAAGACAAGGAUUACAGUCACCUCCACCAGACCAUUUUCAAAGAGGUACCUGAAAUAUUUGACCAAAAAAUACCUGAAGAAGAACAACCUUCGUGACUGGCUACGGGUGGUAGCGAGCGACAAGGAGAGCUACGAGCUGAGAUACUUCCAGAUCAGCCAGGAGGAUGAGGAUGAGGAGUCCGAGUGAGCGAGGGCAUUGUGGAGCCUGAGCGAGGGGAGAUGCUGCUGGAGGUUUUAUUGUUUUAAAUAAAAAGUAUUAAAUUGGGCACUUUGGGCACAGGACUGUUUGUGGGACGUUGCUGUGUGCAAUUGGCUGCUGCGUUUCACCCACAAAAUAUACAGUCAAAUCACUUUAUAUUCUCUGAAGAGCUUUGAUAUGUCUCAAUGACGUAAUAACUCAGGCGCUAUAUCAAAUGCAAGGAUUGUUAUUGUAUAAAAGUCAUCUAUAUAUAAAAGUGUUUAUAUUUAAAAUAAUAAACUCGGUAAAAGCAAAGUCAGUGAUUUGUCCUCUUAUGAUUCAGCUUUUAAUGUGUAAUUAUGUAUACUGUAUAUAUUUAUAUGUAUCGUAAUCAUCUCAUUAUCAAGUGAUUUACUUAGGUUCAUUCCAUCACUUUCUGAGAAUACUUUAAUUAUAACUGGUCACAGAAAAGGUGACGCCAAGAUAAGCUGAAUCGCCACCUGUGCUGUAAACAUUUAUAAGUGUCAUCAAUAAACCUCUUCAUGCCUCA